CAUUUAUCCCUCUUUUCGUUUCCCUUUGCCAUGUCUCCCGUCUCCUCUCCAUCACUGAAACAAUAAUGAAUAUUUUCUCCUUGUCAUCUACACACCAUUGUCACGCCACACCCUUCGCCCCUUCCCUCACCUCAUCGCUCAAACCUUUACCCGAGCCUAACCAAGGCAACAACCGCCGCCCCCAAACCCUCAAAGCAUCCCCAACCAAAGCCAACCCCACACCAACACCAGGCCCUAAAAAACUCUCCACAAAGAAAAAUCCACUACGAGACCUCGUCACUCCUUCCACAACUUCCAAGAACUCACGCAAUCUCUCCGACAAGCUCUGGCUUUCCAGCAAAAUCUCUCCUCCUCCACCACCACCUAUACCAGAAGAAGAAAUUGCAGAUGCCCAACAAGCCAAAGAAGAUGAAAAACCCAAUGUUACAGACGAUUCGGAUACUGGUCAUGUUCCGGCUUCUGAAUUCCGACAAGAAGGUAAGAUUUUUGUUGGAAAUCUCCCUCUGUGGAUCAAGAAGAAUGAAGUUGCUGAAUUUUUUCGACAGUUUGGGCCGAUUAAGAAUGUGGUAUUGAUAAAAGGGCAUGAUGAUCCUGAGAGGAAUGUUGGUUAUGGUUUUAUCAUUUAUGGCGGCCCCACAGCUGCGAACUCGGCUUCGGAGGCAGUGGAGUUUGAUGGAGUAGAGUUUCAUGGGAGAACUUUGACUGUGAAGUUAGAUGAUGGGAGGAGAUUGUAUGCUAGGUCGGAGGAGAGAGCAAGUUGGAUGGCGGGUUCGGAUGUGGUUGAGUAUAGGUCUAAGUGGCAUGAACAGAGGGAGAAUUCUCGCAGGGAAUUUCGGAAAGUUAUUGAAACUGAACCAGAUAAUUGGCAGGCUGUUGUUCGGGCCUUUGAAAGGAUUGAGAAGCCUUCUAGAAGAGAGUUUGGGUUGCUGGUGAACUAUUAUGCAAGGAGAGGGGACAUACACCAUGCACGUGAAGCAUUUGAGCGCAUGUUGGCGAGAGGAAUUGAUCCAACAUCUCAUGUCUAUACGAACCUUAUUCAUGCUUAUGCAGUUGGUAGAGACAUGGAAGAAGCAUUAUCUUGUGUGAGGAAAAUGAAGCGAGAAGGCAUUGAAAUGAGUUUGGUGACAUACAGUAUCCUUGUUGGGGGAUUUGCAAAAAUUGGUGAUGCUGAAGCUGCAGAUAAAUGGUUUAAGGAGGCCAAAGAGAGACAUACAACCUUAAAUGCUAUCAUAUAUGGUAACAUUAUUUAUGCUCAUUGCCAAAAGGGCAAUGUGGAUCGAGCUGAAGACUUGGUAAGGGAGAUGGAAGAAGGAGGGAUUGAUGCUCCAAUUGAUAUAUAUCAUACUAUGAUGGAUGGUUAUACAAAUAUUGGCAAUGAGGAGAAAUGUCUCACUGUGUUCGAAAGACUUAAGGAAUGCGGUUUUACUCCUUCAGUGAUAAGCUUUGGGUGCCUACUUAAUCUUUACACGAAGAUGGGAAAGAUUUCCAAAGCCUUGGAUGUCAGCAAAACAAUGGAAUCAUGUGGCAUAAAACACAACAUGAAAACAUACACCAUGAUGAUCAAUGGAUUUUUAAAACUAAAUGAUUGGGCAAAUGCAUUCGCUAUUUUUGAAGAUGUGGUGAAAGCAGGCAUGAAGCCUGAUGCUGUGCUCUACAAUAAUGUUAUCAGAGCAUUCUGUGGCAUGGGUAACAUGGAUCGAGCCAUUCGUACCAUUGAACAAAUGCAGAGGGAAAGACAUAGGCCCACUUCACGGACAUUUAUGCCAAUCAUACAUGGCUAUGCAAAAGCUGGAGAAAUGAGAAGAGCCCUUGAGAUUUUCAAUAUGAUGAGGAAGUGUGGAUGCAUUCCUACAGUUUACACUUUCAAUGCUCUGAUUCUUGGCCUUGUUGAAAAACGCCAGAUGGAGAAGGCAGUUGAGGUUUUAGGAGAGAUGUCAUUGGCUGGCGUAACUCCCAAUGAGCACACCUUUACAACCAUCAUGCAUGGUUAUGCAUCUCUGGGUGAUACCAGAAAAGCUUUUGAGUACUUUACUAAAAUCAAAGAGGAGGGAUUGGAGCUUGAUGCUUUCUCAUACCAAGCAUUACUUAAAGCAUGUUGCAAGUCUGGGAGGAUGCAAAGUGCUUUAGCAGUUACAAGGGACAUGAGUUCUCGAAAGAUUCCACGGAACACCUUUGUUUACAACAUAUUAAUUGAUGGAUGGGCUCGAAGAGGUGAUGUGUGGGAGGCUGCUGACCUCAUGCAACAGAUGAGGCAAGAGGGUGUUCUUCCUGAUAUCCAUACUUAUACGUCUUUCAUAAAUGCAUGUUGCAAGGCUGGAGACAUGACGAGAGCAACAAAGACGAUAGAAGAAAUGGAAGCUGUUGGUGUGAAGCCUAAUGUUAAAACAUAUACCACAUUGAUCCAUGGAUGGGCUAGAGCAUCACUCCCUGAGAAGGCUCUGAGAUGCUUUGAAGAGAUGAAGGUGGUUGGCUUGAAGCCAGAUAAAGCUGUUUACCAUUGCCUGAUGACAUCAUUACUAUCGAGGGCUACUGUUGUUGAAGAAUAUAUUUAUUCAGGCAUAUUGUGCAUUUCUAGAGAGAUGGUAGAGCUGGGGUUGACUGUUGAUAUGGGGACUGCAGUUCAUUGGUCCAGGUGUUUACGCAAGAUUGAGAGGUCGGGUGGAGAUCUUACUGAAGCCUUGCAAAAGACCUUUCCUCCUGCUUGGAACUCAUAUGGCAACAUUUUUGAGAACUCCAAUCAGAUGGACAGAGAUAAUGAUUUGGACAGUCAGGAUGACAAUGAUGAUGGUGGUGAUGAUGCAUAUGAUGAUGAUGAUGAGAGUCACGGUGAUGAUAAUUGCUUCAGGGAGAGUGAUGAUCUAGAUGGCAUAGAUUCUGAUUUUAAUUGAUGAGCUGGAAACGAGUUCUAAUGCAGGGUAUGGUAUUGAUAUGGACGUCCAUAUGGCUGUCAUAGUAAAUGAUGGUCCCAGCUCCAAUCGUAGGUAUGAAACUGAUGGGCCUGAGAACUUAAAAUUUUUGUUUAAUGUGUCAGUUCUCCAUGCUUUGUGAUGUGCUCUUAUUUUCUGUGUACCUUUGAUUUUGCCUACAACCUGUUUUCACAGAAUCUCACUAGGCAGAUCAUAAAAGCAUAAAAAAUUAGUACAAUCUCAC